AUCGUCCUUCGAGAUUACAUAACAUGUAGUAGUACGUCUAGUGCUUACCAUUGCCACGAUAUUCAUAGACAAAAAAGAAAAAAACUAAAUCUUGUCUAUGCCCUAGUCGACCGACACUAGCGCCCCCUUCCGGAAAUACUUCAAUUUACGUUUUCGUGCGACGCCAUUGCACACGCUCAAUUUUCACUCCUGCGAAAAAAUAAUUAAAGAGGUGAUAAGCAAUGCCGGGAAGAAGAUCGGAGAGGCUGAAGAGGCGCAGACUACCCAGCUCUGAUUCACCUUCAAGCGAGGAAGAUCCCAUUCCAAAAAAUCGACGCCGGUUUUUUCCCGUCCUUGACUCGUCGUCGGAGGACGAAAUAAAUGAUAAAGGACAAGAAAAUGAAGACAUCGUAUCCCCAGAGGACCAUCCUCACAAUGAUUUUUGCAAUCUGUUGGGGGAGGACCCCUCAAAUAUGAGGCGUGGGGAGGACCUACACCUCCAACUAUGUAACCGGUGGAAUGACACCCUCACGCAUGGUUUAAAAACCCUAAAGAAAGAAAUUAAAGAAAAAUAUUUGUUGCCGGACAAUUGCAAGGCUCUUGCGGCACCCAUCUUAAAUGAAGAGGUCAAGAUCGCCGUGAACGAUCCAGCACUUAAGAGAGACAGAAUUCUAGCUGCCAACCAGCAGCAGUUGGGUAUUGCCCUAACUGCCGUGGGACAGGCCCUGGGCCUAGCCUUGAAGGACAAGAAUCCAACAAUGAUAGAAAAACUGAGUGAUGCGGGCAGACUACUCUGUGACCUCCAUCAUCAACAGACGGUAUCAAGACAGAGGUUAAUAACGAAUGGGUUAAAUAAAAUCACAAAGGAGGGGUUGAAAGAUGCCCCACGGGAUGAAUACCUUUUUGGUGAAAACCUUAGCGAGAGAUGGAAAAAUUAUAGGAACUUAGGCAAGUCAGCUUCCGAGAUGAAGGCUUAUCAGCAACGACCUGCUCCUGCACGGACCAUUUCUUUACCUCAGCGGCCGGGAAACUUCAGAGGCCCACCUCAAGCUUCACCACGGCCACAAAUGAAGCCGAGUGUGGGCAGGCAGAACCAGUUCAACCAGCAGUACAGGCCUCAGAGUUUCAACUUCAAGCAGGGACCACCGAGACGAGGCAAUCAAUUCAACCGGACACGACAGAGAUACUAAACCCACAGCCUUCAACAUCAACUCCACAGGAGCCUGUCCCUGAUUGCAGGUGUAUUAUCAGGGAGGCGUUUGUGAGGAGGGGAUUUCCCUCUGAUGCACUUGACAUCCUAUAUUCUUCUCUUUCGCAGAACACACAUAAACAGUAUAGUCAUUGUAUAAGGGAAUGGUUCAUUUUUUGUAAAUCCUGCAAUUUUGAUUGUUAUCAGCCAUCUAUAGCUAACGUUAUUGCAUUUCUUACUAAGCUAUAUCAACAAGGCUGUAAUUAUAGUUCGCUAAAUACAUACCGCUCAGCUAUAUCUUUUCUGGUGGGUUCUGACAUUGGAAAUAACUUAGAUUUAAAACGUUUUUUCAAAGGAGUUUUCAGAAGCAGACCCCCUCUCCCAAAGUACGAUCUAACUUGGGACCCAGACCCAGUAUUAGACUAUCUCAGUAGCUUAUAUCCAAAUGAUAAGUUAACUCUUGAGAUACUUUCUAAGAAACUCAUCACAUUACUUGCUCUAGUAACGGCACACAGAGUACAGACGUUCAGUUUGAUUAAAUGUACAAAUAUUAAAAUUUUAAGUGAUAAAAUAUUAAUAAAGGUUCCAGACUUAAUUAAAACAUCUAGACCAAAUAGUCACCAACCACUCUUAACUCUGCCUUUCUUUGUAGAAAAACCUGAGAUAUGUCCUGCAAAAACUUUAAUAUGUUAUAUGUCAAAAACUAAAAAUUUAAGGUCAGAAGAAGAAAGGUUGUUUUUAGGUUUCAGGAAACCUCAUUCUGUGGUAGGCACCCAGACGCUUAGUAGAUGGAUUAAGUUAUCAUUACAGAAUGCUGGCAUAGAUGUUAGUAUAUUUACUUCACAUAGUACCAGACAUGCAUCUACAUCUAAGGCUAAGAGGUUAGGAUUAAACAUUGACCUGAUCCGGAAGACUGCCGGAUGGAGUCAAUCUUCACAAGUGUUCGCUAGAUUUUAUAACAGAAAUGUUGUAGACUUAAAUAAUGAUAGUAAUCUAUUUGCUAGAACAGUGUGUUCAUAAGUAUGUUCCAUAAAAGUAUGUUUUUUUAUGUUAUAAUUUAUAAAAGUAGGUUUGUUAAAGAUACAACUUAAGUAUUAUAUACCAUGUUUUAUUACUUGUAUUUUUGAAUAAUUAUAGUAAUCUAUUUGCUAGAACAGUGUGUUCAUAAGUAUGUUUUAUAUUAUAAUUUCUGAAAGUAGAAGAGAUAUAACAUAAGUAUUAUACCAGGCUUUCUUACUUUUAUGUUAAAUCCGAAGAGGGUAAAAAUAUAUGUAAUGUUAUAAGGGUAUGUUUGUUAGAGAUUUAACACAAGGAUUAUAUUUGUAUUUUUUUAAUAAGAGGUACAAAUUAAAGAUCUCAUAUAUGAUAAUCUUAUUGGUGUUAUUUAUUUCACGUAACUCUAAACAUCCUACAUGUUAUGUAAUCUCGAAGGACGAUGCAUGAAACAUAAUUAAAAAUCAAACGAACUUACCUUACGUGAAGUUUGAUGUUAAUUAUGUGAACUGCAUCGUCCGAGAGAUUACAACCCACCCUAGAAGCCCACGUAUCCUAGGUAUAGAUAGGUAAACCAGGAUACUCCCUAAAUAGUGAAAUAAAUAAAGGACUCUAAACUUAUUGAAGUAUUUCCGGAAGGGGGCGCUAGUGUCGGUCGACUAGGGCAUAGACAAGAUUUAGUUUUUUUCUUUUUUGUCUAUGAAUAUCGUGGCAAUGGUAAGCACUAGAC